AUGUCGGAAAUUAAAAAGGAUAUAGAAAUUUGGCAAAAGGAGUAUCCCUUUUUAGAUGAUGUAUGGAAUACAUAUAAAAUUUUUGAUAAUGCUGUGGAAGAUGACAAAAAUUUAUAUAAUUCCUUGUGUAACUUAAAUUUAGAGAAUCUGUGCGUGGAAUUAAGUGAGUACCAAGAUUUUUGUAAGAAACUUAUGAGAAAUUUAGGAUACUUUUCUUUAGAACCAAAAGGUAAGCAGCUUAGUAGUAAGCGUUGUUAUAUUUUAUACAACUGGAUAUAUAAUUCGAUAGAUGAAAAUAAUAUUACAGAAAAUAUUGUUAAUAAAUGCUUUGAAGCAUAUAAGAAUUAUAUGAAUAAAACAGGAAGUCCUAUAAUAUGUGAAAAUAUUUUAAAAUAUGAAAUUUAUGAUCCAAGAAAGAUAAUAUUAAUAAAUGUUUUUAGUGAUAAUAAGGAUGUUAUUAUCAAUACUUUAAUUGAUAUGGAAAAAAAUAUAAUUAAUAAUCCUCGACAUAAUUUUGUGUGUGAAUGUGUUAAAAUAUAUAAAGAAAUGAAUGAAAAAUAUUGCCGUUAUUUGGAUAAAGAAAAGAAACGUUCUACUUGUAGCAUAUUAAGUGCAUUUAAGGAAGAAUAUAAAAUUUAUUUUUUUGAUGAAGAUUACGAAAAGUAUAAAAUACCAUCUCUAGAUAAUAUAGUUCAGGAUUUAUCAACUAAAUGUCGAAAAAAUGAAAACCUAUUGCAAUUAGAUUCCGUUGUCGGUGAAACUCAUGUGAGUUAUCCUGAAAGUGAUUUACUCACAGCUACUGAAGGACCAAGAGAUAUUUUAACAGAUAAUACAACCAUAACUCAUGGAAAUGUAGAUAGUCCAAUGAAGAAAAUUGUAACUACAGCAAUUAGUACAUUUGCUGGUGCAUCAUUACCAUUAGCGCUUUUAUAUAAGGUUAAUACAAAAUUUUAUUUAAACAUAUGCAAAAUAUUGAAUACCUAUAAUUAUUCGAUGUUCUCAUAA